AUGGCAUAUAUAAUCAACAGCAACUCUUGUGAAUGCUUUCCUAACUACAGUACUAGUACAUUUUUACCCUGUUGCAAUGCACCUGUAGUCCUCGAUUCUACUUAUCAAGCACGACAUUUUCAAGAAGUUUAUUAUGCACCUGAACCAGCACCUGAAAUUCAAGUUGUACGACAACGAUUACCGGAUCCUCCGCCAGAUGUAAUCGAACGAGUUGUCGUUGUUCCUCAACCGAAGAAAUACGUUUAUCAAGUUGUCGAAGUACCAACGAAACCACCACCAGUUGUACAACAACGUGUUGUUCAUCAAGCUCCUAAUCCAACACUAUGUGGCGGUACUUAUCGUGUACAAGUACCACAUGGUUCCGUUGCAAAUGCUCCAAAACUAGUACAAUCGGCGUCAUACAUGCAAGGAUCGCCUCUCAUUCAACAAGCACCGAUGUCUUAUGGUUCUUCAUCUACCAUUCAACAAGCGCCAAUUUCUUAUGGUUCUCCAUCCUUCAUGACUCUUUAA